AUGGUAAAUCUAGUAUUCAAUGCUUUACCUGGUCCACACACUGACGAUGGCUACCUUACACUUCAUUCUUUAAAUGUUUUGCUACAUUACAUCGGAAGAAAGAGGUUCUUGGAUUUGGAACAUACUUCCGCAGUUGCUGAAGUGAUGGUAUCAGUUCUCGGUAAAGUGUACAGACAAAUCAGUUUCUUGCUGUUGGAUAAUCAACGAAUCUUGAACGUUCGGUCUCACAAAUAUUCAGCCUAUGGGGAAGUUGGUGAAGAGUAUUUCGUUGCGUUGGAUGAUCGUUGCACAAUUCUGUUCGUUCUACUUUGA